UUGGAGGUGGCCAAGGGCAAAAUGAGUGGGCUACCGGACGCCAGGACCUGCCCAGGCCUGGGAGAGGCCUCCGACCUUAAGUUCCCUCUGGGCGCCAAGUUCAGGGAACCUCUCACCGAAGCUCGAUUCCAGCAACUCUUCGGGGACGCAGAGCAGGAGUCGGACCUACUCUCGGAGCCCCGCUGGUCCCGGCUGUGCAGACAGUGGAGGCGGCUGCCUGGCGCUUGCUCCGGACCGGGGGCGUGGCGCCUGCUGCUGGCGCGGCUGCCUCCUCUGCGCUGGCUGCCCCACUACCGCUGGCGGGCCUGGCUGCUCGGGGAUGCCGUGGCCGGAGUGACCGUGGGCAUCGUGCACGUGCCCCAGGGCAUGGCUUUUGCCCUCCUGACCUCUGUGCCUCCAGUGUUCGGACUCUACACUUCUUUCUUCCCCGUCCUCAUUUACACCUUGUUGGGUACUGGGAGACAUCUGUCCACUGGAACUUUCGCGGUACUCAGCCUAAUGACGGGCUCGGCCGUGGAGCGGCUGGUGCCGGAACCCCUCGGGGGUAACCUGAGUGAAAUCGAGAGGGAACAGUUGGACGUUCAGCGGGUUGGGGCGGCUGCAGCCUUAGCCUUCGGGAGCGGGGCGCUGAUGCUGGGCAUGUUCGCGCUGCAGCUCGGCGUCCUGUCCACCUUUUUGUCGGAGCCUGUGGUCAAAGCGCUGACCAGCGGGGCCGCGCUGCACGUGCUCGUGUCCCAAUUGCCCAGCCUUUUAGGGUUGCCCCUCCCGCGCCAGAUUGGCUGCUUCGCUCUCUUCAAGACGUUGGCCGCUGUGCUGACCGCGCUGCCCCGGAGCAGUCCGGCAGAACUGACCAUCUCGGCACUCAGCCUGGCGCUGCUCGUGCCCGUCAAAGAAUUGAACGUGAGAUUCCGGGACAAACUACCCACCCCGAUCCCAGGCGAAAUCGUCAUGGUGCUUCUGGCCUCUGUGCUCUGCUUCACCUCUUCCCUGGACACAAGAUACAACGUCCAGAUAGUGGGGCUGUUGCCUGGAGGAUUCCCCCAACCUCGCCUCCCUAACCUGGCUGAGCUGCCCAGGAUUCUGGUUGACUCGCUGCCCAUCGCGCUGGUUGCCUUUGCUGUGUCCGCCUCCCUGGCCUCCAUCUAUGCAGACAAGUAUAGCUACACUAUUGACUCCAACCAGGAGCUCUUGGCCCAUGGUGUCUCCAACCUCAUCUCCUCCCUCUUCUCCUGCUUUCCCAACUCCGCCACAUUGGCCACCACCAGCUUACUAGUGGAUGCUGGUGGGAACACACAGCUGGCAGGCCUCUUCUCCUGCAUAGUUGUCCUCUCAGUGCUGCUGUGGCUGGGGCCCUUCUUCUAUUAUCUGCCCAAGGCUGUCCUGGCCUGCAUAAACAUCUCCAGCAUGCGCCAGAUGUUCUUCCAGAUGCAGGAACUGCCACAGCUAUGGCGCAUCAGCCGCAUGGACUUUGCUGUAUGGAUGGUCACAUGGGUGGCCGUAGUGAUCCUGAGUGUGGACCUAGGCCUGGCCAUAGGUGUGGUCUUCUCCAUGAUGACUGUGAUCUGCCGUACCCAGAGGGUGCAGUGCCUGGCACUUGGACUUGCUGAGGGGACGGAGCUCUACAGGCCACUCAGAGAGAGCCACAAGCUCCACAAGGUCCCGGGGCUCUGCAUCCUGAGCUACCCAGCACCCCUCUACUUUGGGACCCGUGGGCAGUUUCGCCGCACCCUGGAGCAGCACCUGGGGCUUGGAGAAGGAGGAAAGGAGGCUCCAAAGACGGAUGGCCCACCCGAUGCAGUUGCCGAGCCCGUCAGGGUGGUGGUCUUAGACUGCAGUGGUCUCACCUUUGCAGAUGUUGCUGGAGCCAGAGAAGUGGUACAGCUGGCCAGCCGAUGUCGCGAUGCUGGGAUCCACCUUCUCCUGGCUCAGUGUAAUGGUGAGAGCCUCAGUACUGGGGACACUGACCCAGGCAGGACUCCUGAACAGAGUGACCCCAGAACAGCUGUUCGUCAGUGUCCAGGAUGCAGCUGCUCAUGCCCUGGAGAGACUGGUGAGGGGGCAGGAGCAACAGGAGGGAAACCCAGGAGGUGCUGGGCUAUAUAGCAGAUCACAUGAGACUACGGGUCCGAAGACUUGCACAGUGUGGGUCUGACACAGUCAUCGGGAGCGUGGAGGGCCCCAACAAUAUGUGUGUGAGGAGUCCUUACUUCUUAUAAUUAAUAAAACAAGGCUGAGCACCUCUGGGGGUCAUGAAGUGAACCUCUGGGUGUCCGCACACUGAUCCCUGGUGCCCCUUUCUCCAUGCUCACAGCAUUGCAGACACAACUAAAAAUGACUUUCACUUGUGUGUUCACCAGCGCCCCCCCCACUCCAGAAGUCUCCAGUUCUCUCCAUGGGGGGUGGGGCUGGAGCCUGUGCACAGAGUCCUGGAUCCAGAGAUGGGGGAGGGGGUACAGCCCUGGGAAUACACGCAGGGACUUCCCCACCCCCUCAGUCCCAAGGAGAUGAGAGGAGAGUAUUUCCACUUUAGGUUCUUAGAGUCUCCAUGGGCUCUUUGGCACUUGGAAAGUGACCCCCCCCACUUCCUGUCCCAUGACAAAGGGGGUGGCGGGAGGACUUGGCACUGGCUGUGAGACAGUUAUGGCUCCAUCACAUCCCUGGGCACUCGCAGAAAGGAGGAGUGCCACCAGGACAAGCCCCUGCUUGGGAUCAGUUUCUGAAGGGGAUCAGGGAGAGUCAGUGGAGCGGUCACUGGGUGCUGGGGUUUGCUAGAAAUUCCUGGCAGGGACAAGGAGGCAGGCCCAGCUUGACAGUUUGAAGGCCCCUAGUGGCCCUCAUUCAGAGGUCAUGCACUGCAGCCGGUGUUUGAAGAAGAGUAGGCGGUGUUUGGCCACCUGACUUUCAUCCAGUGAUCCUGGGUAGCGGUAGCGGGCAUAAGUCUCUGUCCCCACAUCCCUUGAUGUCCAUGGCAGCUUCAACUUGGAUGCGUGAUCCACAACGACGUCUGAGCAGGAGCCCACUCGAAGGGAACCAAGCCCAUCCAGGAAGAAUUCUGGGGGGGGGGGGCGUGGAGGGAAGGGGAGCAAACAUUGAAGGGUCUGAAGGGUGUAGAAGGCCAACCCUUAAGGGAGAACUAAAAUUUGGGGUAUGGAGGGUGCAUAGGCAAGGACCCCGUUUCUGAGGGCAUUGGGCUAGUAAUUAAUUUUCCAGGGUCUCAGUUUCACUCUUCUGUAAAAUAAAGUCAACAUACUUAC